AUGACAGACACUUCUGUGAGCUCCCAGACUCCCGAACGUACCACCUACGGCGUGCCCAAGCCAAAGGCUGCCUACUUCCCCCAGCCUGGGUCGAAGAUCUAUGCUGAUAAAGAGCUCUAUACCAAGAUCGCCAAUGCUCCAAAGACCAAGGUUGAGUCUCAUUUGUGUGCUCCUCGCCUGGGCAUUGCAGUGAGAGUGCCAGCCAAGUCGGUGUUUCGUCUUACGACGCCCGAGGGGCCUCAGGUGUGUGACUUGAACAUCUGGAACUUUCAUAACCCAAGAGAACGCUUCUGGGCGGCCAGAACCAGACAAUUGCACCUGGCUCACGUUUCCACCCACGAUAGGUUGUGGUCGAUCUUGCCUUUCUUGAGACCGUUGGCCACAAUCACUGCUGAUACUUUGGGUGGCAGACACGAUGAGUGGGGCGGAAGAAUCCACGACACUUUGGGCACCCGUUGCGACCCUUAUGUGGAUAAACUUAUUUCUGGCGAGGAUAACGAUUUCCAUUGUCACUCAAACUUGACUCGUGCUGUUUUCCCGUACGGACUCACCGAGUUUGACGUUCACGAUGUGUUGAACGUUUUUCAAGUGACGGGUUUGACCGAACAGGACCAGUACUUUAUGGAGGCCCUGCCAGCGCUGAAGGGUGACUAUUUUGAAAUGUUUGCCGAGCAGGAGUUGCUUGUGGCUAUUUCUGCUUGUCCAGGUGGCGAUUUGAGCAACUGGGAUUGGGGUGAGAAGGAAGGUGGUGAUACCAAAAUGGUCGACAACUGUAGACCGUUAGGAAUCGAGAUUUACAAGUUGGAUAAUGAGGAGGAUACUUUAAAUGACUGGAAGGAGCCAGAGUAUGCUCCAUAUAAGGGUCGCCAUGGCUUCAACACUCCAGUUUACCUGGCGAACUAA